UUGACUGUACGGAUGUUGGAUGUGGCAGUCAUUGCUCGUGUUACGGACAGAUUUGUGAUAAUACAGUGUGUGAAAAGUGAAGUGACGUUCUUAGUAAAUCGUCUACGAAUCGUGUACACAUCGCCGUCAGCAACCUAGUUAUUAACACGGAGCUAGCUGUCUGUACAUAAUAGGCAUCCGGUGGGUGACAGACACAGGGGGAGCCUAGAGCGCUCCCUUUAUACGGCUUCAAAGGCUGAGUCGAUUCGAAGAAAGGGAGAUGAGUACGGACUUGUCUCCUUUGUCUGCCGACAACAUCCCGCCGUCUCCGACGCUGGCCGCAGGCGAGGACACAGUCUGCGACUUGGGCAGCGUGAGGUUCGGAACCGACAAAGUCGUCUGCAGCUGGACCAUCUUGGACUACAACAAUUGGCCUCAAGGGGUGGACGAAGUGAAGUCACCCAAGUUCUGGCACUGCAGUUCCAGCGAGUGGUGUAUGGUGCUGUCGAAAGAGAGAGGCGCCUGGUAUCUCUGCUUCCAGCUGCUGUCUUCUCAGAAAGACGCUACCGUGCGAGCGAGGCUAAAAGCGUCGCUAGUUUCGAGCAGGGGUAAAAAGUACGAGGUUUACCCGUCGGAAUUCGUCUGUCUCGAUGCCCCGAAGAAGACGGUGUGGAGGUGCGUGAGUGGUUGCUUCGAAGCGGAGAACGGCUUCAAUAACGUGCUGAAGUUCCUGGGAGAGGUGAGCACGCCGUGCGUGAUAACAGAGCCGUACCGCAGCGUUGCCCUGCAGAGGCCUCGGCGCAGCGUCACAGACGACCUGGCAGCGCUGCUGGAGUCGGGCCAGCUGUCUGACGUGAAGCUGUGGGCGGGUGACACCGAGUUCGAAGCGCACAGGGCCGUGCUGUGCGCGCGCAGCCCCGUCUUCUCCGCCAUGCUGCGGCAUGACACCCAGGAGGCCCGCACGGGCAGCGUCCACGUCAAGGAUGUCGAGGCGGACGUCCUGAGCGAGGUCCUGCGGUUCAUCUACACCGACAGCACCCCUCUCCUGGAGAAGAUGGCUGACAGGCUGCUGGUGGCGGCUGAUAAAUACGAUUUGCCCCAACUGAAGGAACUCUGCGAGGUGGAGCUGGCCAAGAACCUCACCGUGGACAACGCUGCCGCUACCGCUGUCAUCGCCUUGAGCCACUCUUGCGACGUCCUCAAGAGGUCGGUCAUCAGCUUCGUGAAGCGCCAUCUCGUACCCAUCAUGGGCAGCGAAGGCUGGGCGACAGCUGUUAGCAAUCACGCCGAAAUCGUCGUCGAGAUGAGCCGUUUGGUAGCAGAAGAGCCUGUUGGUUAAUGGCAGUUACAGUUCAAUUCGCCAUUACAGAUCACUCUAUUUCCUGAAAAUCGCGCUGUUGAUCCUUGAGUCGUCUCCAGCGUGCAACGUCUUGCCUCUAAACAGUGUUGUUAGCUCAUUUAACCAUAGAUCUAAAUUUGAUCCCAACUAACAGGAAGCUACAUAUGCAUGUACGCAAGUAUCACAUUGUCAUUGAAGUCAUCUAACUAUAGUAUAUGCUCUGUGCUCUUUUUUGUUACUGAUAGCUGCAAAAAGCAGACAUUUCAAGGAGGCUUUUGAGUAGCCGCCUGCAGGUAAGCGCUAGGUACAACAAAACAUCUAACGUUGUGGAAUUUAAAACAAAAGAACAUGGUCCUUGUAAGACAUCUAUAAUAUUGUACCCAUAAAAACUACUUAUUUUUAAGUAGCACAUUGUCUAAUCACAACUGUAAACUGUGCGUGAGAUUACCGAUAAGCUCGAGCAUUGUGUAGUUGAGAAAGAAGUUUCGAUUACAGUUCUCCUGAAAUAAACAUGCAGUUUUGUAGUGAGGGUUUUGCAUCGUAACUGAGUCAAGCAGUUCCUGGCGAGCUUAGUUAGAUAGUUAAAUACGACAGAUUAACGAGUUCGUUGCCACCGUCUGGGUAAACAUUAAUACUGCACCCUACCUCCUCUCCCACAGAUUUGGAGCGGCUUCAGUUUGUUUAUUGUCCCUUUAAGCUUCAGGGGCGGCACUUUGGAAGCGAGUUCUCGGCGAGAAUCUUUUUUUUGCCAUUUUUAUAGAGCAAAGAUUUUUCCAGUUAUAUUGUAAUCUGCUUAUUUUUACUUUUUACUUUAUUCAUCAGCCAAUAGAUUCCCAAAACACUAGUAGCUCUUGUAUAUUUCGUUUCUACUAACAACAAAGUGAAUUUUCCUUUGUUUACAUGGCUCUUAAAAGUAGUCUGAUGUACACUCAGUUCAU